ACAGAAAAUCGAGCAUAUGGCAACAAUAAGCGACCAUGGAAAAUAUCACAGCUUUUCUCUGGUGGUGAUGAAAGUACCUGGAAAAUUUCCCCGACAUAUAACCUCACUGAAGAAUGGACUGACGGCUGUACGUGCACUCAAAAAUUCAAGCUACCAGGUGCAAGGCUGGCCGAACAGUGUGGACCGUACCACUGCAACGUUUGAGAAAUACCAAUCGGUAUUUCCGUUCUCGGCAAGGAACUGCCUGCACAUGAACGGAGGUGUUAUGUUCGAUGGAUCUAACAACUUAGCAGGAUUUCAGAGAUUGGCUUGUGGCGAGAAGAAAACAUAUUACAAUGACUAUUACACGCCUGUCGUUAACUUCGCAAACAGUUUAGUUAAAGCCUAUCCAGAUAUCAAAUUGGAAGUUGGUUCAGAAAUAUUCCUAGCAGAUAAGCCGGCAACUGCAAAAGAAUUAAGGCGAUAAAGCGAGAAAUAACGUGCUUAACAUGUAUGACAAAAAUAG